AAAAAAAAAAAGAAGGAAAAAACAACCAAUUUAAUUGAACUUGAUCAGUUUUGUCAGGACGAGUGGUCAAAUAACAAACCAGAAUUAUGGCAGAAGCUUAAUUCUGGUUAAUGGCUAUCAAAAGUGUCUGGUUGAGGUCCAGCUUGCUAAGGGACAUUUAACCAAAUAUUAGUGAGGUGUGUGUGUGUAUAUUUGAGUUUGUGUGGAUUAGCACAAAAGUCUAAAAUAAAUUGUUUUCUUAAGCCACUAAAGAUGUUUGUUGUAUAAUGAUUCCAGCCUGGAAAAAUAACAGUUAAAAAACCCUUUAAAAGCCCAAAAUUACCAUGACAUUCAUGCCCACGAUGAGUGUAUGUAAACUUCUGACCACAACUGUGUGUUCUUCUAUCACAAAGAUUCACCACAGCAACUUUGACAAUCUGCUAAGACAAUAAAUAAAAAUUGGAUAACUAAUAGCAGAUUGUGUCAUGGUGUAACAUCAUCACAUCAUUCGAUGCGUCUGUGACUAAUGUAGCCCUUUAUGAUAUGAUGCAUAAUUUCUUUGUCUUCAGGGAUCGGCGGGACCGUCACCGCUCCAAGAGCCGAGACAGCAGCAGUCGUGGAGACAAAUCGGUCACCAUCCAAACACCCGGAGAGCCGCUUCUCGAUGCAGAGUCGACCCGCGGAGAUGACCGGGAUGACAACUGGGGAGAGACCACCACUGUGGUCACUGGCACCUCAGAGCACAGCAUCUCGAACGAGGAUCUGACCCGCGUCACCAAAGAUUUGGAGGAGUCAACUCCACUGGAGUGCAAGCGUUUUGUGGGUCCGGCGUUGGGAGGCUGCCUGAGCUUCUUUGCUCUGGUCACGCCAUUAGCCUUCCUCAUCCUGCCGCAGGUCUUGUGGCGUGACGCCCUCGAGCCUUGCGGCACGCCCUGCGAGGGCCUCUACGUCUCCCUGGCCUUCAAGCUCUUGGUCCUGCUCAUCUCCUCCUGGGCUCUGUUCCUCCGCCCUCCCCGCGCCACCCUCCCACGCUUUUUUGUCUUCCGCUGCCUCCUGAUGGUGCUGGUGUUCCUGUUUGUGGCGUCGUACUGGUUGUUCUACGGCGUGCGUGUGUUGGAGCCCAGAGAACGGGACUAUAGGGGGAUUGUGGAGUAUGCUGCCUCGCUGGUGGAUGCUCUGCUCUUCAUCCAGUACCUGGCUCUGGUGCUUCUGGAAGUCCGACACCUUCAGCCAGCCUUCUGCCUUAAGGUGGUGCGGAGCACAGAUGGUGCCAGCAAGUUCUACAACGUGGGCCACCUCAGCAUCCAGCGGGCAGCUGUCUGGGUUUUGGACCGUUAUUACAGCGACUUCCCCGUCUAUAACCCAGCUCUCCUCAACCUGCCCAAGUCCAUCCUGUCCAAGAAGAUGACAGGCUUCAAAGUUUACUCUCUGGAUGAAAACACCACCAAUAACUCCACAGGCCAGUCCCGGGCCAUGAUAGCAGCUGCUGCUAGACGGAGAGACAACUCCCACAACGAGUAUUACUACGAGGAGGCUGAGAUGGACCGAAGGAUCCGCAAACGGAAGGCCAGGUUGGUGGUGGCGGUGGAAGAGGCCUUCACGCAUAUCAAGCGCCUCCAAGAGGAAGAGGCGACCUCAUCUCCCAAACACCCCAGAGAGGUAAUGGAUCCUCGAGAGGCAGCCCAAGCCAUCUUUGCCCCGAUGGCCCGGGCCAUGCAGAAGUACCUGAGAACCACACGGCAGCAGGCCUUCCACAGUAUGGAGAGCAUCCUCACACACCUUCAGUUCUGCAUCACGCACAACAUGACACCCAAGGCUUUCCUGGAGCGUUACCUCACCGCCGGCCCCACCAUGCAGUACCAGCAGCAGAACGGUAGGGGGCGCCAGUGGACUCUGGUGAGCGAGGAGCCGGUGACCUCAGCCCUGCGUCAGGGUUUGGUCUUCUCCCUGCGACGCCUGGACUUCUCCCUUGUUGUCACGGUGACGCCGCUCCCCUUCCUGCGGCUCGGGGAGGAGUUCAUCGACCCAAAGAGCCACAAGUUCGUCAUGAGGCUGCAGUCUGAGACCUCGGUGUAAAGGCGUCCAGUAAAACGUCUUCUUUUUCCUACACUUUCCUCUCCCCUCGUGCUAACUCCUCCUGGAUCACUGAUGCGGUGGGACAUGUGGAGGCCAUGUGGUCUAUUCUCGCCCAAUCAUUUCCUCUCUCAUCAACAAACAAACCAUUCAGAGAGGAACAUCUCUGCGGGCCUCAUCCUUCCUGUUUUGUGAUCAUCACAGAUGCUUUGUGUCAGACUGUGAUCAGCUCAACGAUUGUUCAAACCCUGGAAGUAAACAGAUGCCUUGACCUUUUCUUUUCUUGACAAUGUCUUUACGGCACACUGUAAAGUUCUUUCUUCCUCUAAACGGGGACUUUUCCUCCUUUUGCCUCUUCUUUUGCUGUAACCACUGGACUAGUUUACUGUGCUGACUCAACACGUAAACACCAGAGGAAGGGGAUUGCAUCACAUGUGUCACUUCCUCUUAUUUGUGUCUUAAAAUCAGUCCAACUGGAUUUCAGCUCUGACUGCAACGCUGAUGUACCACUGCCCUCUGGUCCCCUGUCAGUCGUUGUGUUUAACAUAAGCAGGACUGUUGUUGUUUUUUUACAUAUAUAUGUUAGAGGAGUGACUUUUUAACUUUCAGAAUGUAGCAUUUUGUGCAGUGAGUUAACAUGUUCUCUCUUGUGGCCUUGAAGGGCCAGUAUGUCCUUUUUUUAAAAAUUUAUGUGACUAUUAAGCAAAAUGGAAGUACAUUCCUAACUCACUGCAACUCCAAACUGUAUGUUCAUGAUUGUUUAAAUAUGCAGCUUUAGUUUAUUUAACACUGGUACUUUUACUAUUGAUGUCACAGUUUUAGCAGGACGUGUUACAGAAUAAAAAUGACAUUUUCACCUGGUAUUAACUGAGAUUCUGAACAUUACUUGCGUGAGGAUCUUAAAGUGUGAGCUUGACGAUGUUCUGAAUUUUUCGUACUGUCAACAAAUCCAGCAAAAAGACCAACAGUGCACUCGUCUCGAGUGUCAUUACUUGGAAUCUAUUCAUUGCUGCUACUUCCUAAGAACAACUCAUACAUGGAUUAUGCUGUUAUUAUUCUUUUUUAACUCAUGGAUACUAUGUUUUUGGAAAUGUUACUCAUGCCUAAGUAGUAAGUGGAUUUACUCAGUGCUAUUUAUAGCUGGUUACUUUUAGAUACAAUUGAGUAUUUUUGGCAGCAGGAUGGCGUGAGUGGAAAAAUAAAUUGCACAGCAAUGGAAAAACUGGAGCCAGUAACAGGCCGAUGCCACUCUUUACAGAGUAAAACAUUUCUAAUAUCACAUAAUGGCUCAUAUUUUCAGAAUAUUACUUAGAUUCUUUAGUAAGUUAUACUCACGCUUUAUGUUCUGUCUGCUAGUCAGUCUCUCCAAUGGACAAACUAAAAAUAUGUCUUGAUAUCAGCUCGUAUCAGAGCAACGUGUAUGCUGAUACUGAAAUAUGUGUCUUAGUGGAUAUUAACCUGAUGUAUUGGCUGUGCUUUAGAGAAAAAAAAACACAUCACGUAGUACAUUGGUGUUCUGGGUGUAGUUUUUGAAUAGACCAGUAAAUUAUAUCAGGGUCUCAGUACCCAUACAAAGCAUGUUUUCUUUUUACUUUUUCUUUCUUUUUUUGGGGGGGGGGGGUUAAUAAUUGACUGGGGGUAUUUUUGGUCUUUUUAUGGCUUUUAUUUGACAAUAUGAAAAACAAGAGUAUUACCAGCCUCACUCUUUAAUGCAAAUGCAAUCUGUGCGUCCGAUAUGUUGAAAUGCUGGUAAAAUCUUUGCAUUUUAAGUGAUAAAAUCUGCAGCUUUUCUGUGACUGACUGGGGGGGAAAAGCAUACUCUGUGCUAAAUUCUAGUUAACUGUUUGUGCGACCAUGUUUUAAGAGUUUCCUUAACAGAUACUGACAGAGUUGCUGCAUUAUUGAAGGUAUAUUUAGAUUCUGCGGAAGAAGUUCCGCCUGCACACUAACUCUAAGCCACCCUAAUAAUCAGAUAACAGCAUUUUGAGUCACUGUGUGCAGGCGCUCAUCUGUCAUAAAACUUCAGUCCAUCGGAAAAUGCCCUGAUUAUUAAUAUUGGAAGCGAAAUAAUAUGGUGUAUCGUUACAGUGUAAUACCAGGUGUAAAUGUAGUCAGUCUCACACUUCUUACACAAUUAAAUGAAUCCAGAUGUGGCAGCUGUAGUUUAACUAUGAGCUAGCUUAUUGUGGUUUAAUGUUUGUUUGUUUUUUCUUACAUGCAUAUCUACAAGAAUCCCAAACCAGACAUGUGAUUGUAACUCCUCUCUGCAGGUCCUCUGCAGCAGUAGCUUAUCACCGCCUCGCCUUGUGCCACGAGCUGAAACGGGCACAGUGAACAUGCUGCCUAUGACCUUUCCUCAGCCUUAGUUUCCAGAUGUGCAGGAGCAGCAGACUCUGACUCCCCCACCCCUUCGUCUGCAGGUCCCGAUACUUAACCCGAUGUUUCCACCCCACAUGCUGAGCCACAGAAACAGACAAAAGCAGGCUGACUGUUUUUGUCAAAUGCGGUUUUAAAAAGUCCUUCACAUUUCUGAAAAAUGAAACAAACAAACACCAGGUCCGAUUUGUUCGAUAUUUCAUCUGAUUUUUGUAAAAAAACAAACAAAAAAAAAACAAAUGAACAAAAGAAUGCAUGCAUAGAUUUAUUUUGGGCUCCAAAUCCUUUUUAUAAUAAGUUGUUUUCUAUCAUUUUUACGGUGCCUAAGUUAUGAUGAUGCAAUUUUCAGAAUGUAAAAAAAAAAUUGUAGAUCUGUGUUGUAUUUUGUUCUUUUUGGUAACUGUAGCUUGUAUAGUGUGCUAGGCUUUUUCCAUUAUUAAACCAUUUAUUACUUACAAGUCUCCUUGUUUCUUAACUUGCAGCAUGGGGAACUUUAGUCUGUAAAGCAAAACAUGUGAAUGAAGCUAAGAAGCAAAAGGAGCUGAGACUUCUCUUUUUAAUGUGGUUGAAGAAAAUUAAUAUCUGCAUUUGAUCAUUUUGGUUUGCUUUAAUAAGAAUUUGUUCUUGAAUGCUGUUACCCAAAGCCGAUUUGGGCCUUUGGACGUGAACAAUUUUCACCAGUUUUUCACAAGACUUUUAGAGGAACUUCUGUCAAGUUGGGGGAUGGCAGUGUGGUAGGCGUGUGGUUUCAUAGCUUCAAAACGGACAGAGAGCCACUGACUUCCUGUUUGCUGCUUCUCAUCUCUGUGAGUAUAAGACAUCUCGCUGACACCCUACAAGGGGAAAAACAAAGCAGAUCAACCAUCUUAUCUUCAGCCCACCUGACCGCAUUGAAGGCAUGGAUAUAUGUUUUAUCCUGGAUGGUAUUCUCAUCCUAUAUGGCAUCAUCCUCACCGUGCUGUACUGCAGACUGAGGAUGCGUCCGUCCAGCAGCUCAUCUGGCAGUUACCCAGAG